GCAGUUAUUGCCUUGUUUGCUGCUGUAACAGUUUUACAGAAAUCUGUUUGCCUUCCUUAAUCAUCAUAUCCAUAAUCAUUUUGGGGAUAUUAUAUUAAAUAAACUAAAAACUGCUUGGGUCCAUCAGCACUAUUUGUCUCUCUUUUGUGUGUGUGUCUUUGCUUAUGUAGCAAUGCAUUCCCUCUCUUCUCCUGUAUUAUCUCAUUCAGCUUUUGAAACUUUCUGAAAAUAUUCUUUAAAUGCUGAUUCUUUAAAUGAUCCUGCGGUCAGCUUGCUGGGUUGUCUAAAAGCCUAGAGAGUUUGCUGUGACCUCUCACCUUUAUCUUGCCUUUCUAAUGGCUAGCUAUUAAAGUUUUCUUCUUUUUGUGGCUUUUGGAGCUUGGAGAAUCCUUUUCCAAAGAGUUAGUAAAGUGACAUACAGGCAUUUGUUAGGAUGGCUUACUGGCUGUAGUAGAUUUGGAGAGUAUUUGGCUGGUGCUAAUUUAGAUUUCUUGAGGACAUUUUUGAGCAGUAGCUUGUCUGCCUCUGUUACAGUAUGGACAUGUUUUUCUCUUGCACCUUAGAAGAUUUGGAGAUAGAUUCUCUUCAGGUGUAAUUCUGUAUGGGCCCAUUGAAGGAAGUAAAGUUGUGCCAUUUUACACUACCUGAUGAACUAGACCUGUAUAUUUCCCCCAUUUUGACAUUGAUGGGGACAGUCUUAUAAUGUGUGCUCUACCUUUCUUAUUGAUGUGGGUGUGGGUCUCCCCUUCAGGUUGCUCAGCUGGCAUCAGAGCUUUUACUGCCUCUAACUAGAGAUGUCCAGGGUACUGAGCAUUUCAUAAGGUAAAAUCUAUGUAGCUCCUAAGGUGCACAGGAGAGAGUCUUGUCCCUGCAUAGAGCCUCCAUAAAGUGUGUGAUUUAAGGCUUCCCAGCCGUGUCCAUCUAAUGCCAACAGGCAGAACCAAGCCUGGGACCUUUAGGGCUUAGUGCAUGCGCCUGUACUGCUUGAGCUACAAGGCAUCAAACUCCCAGCUAAGGCUGUAGAGCAAGCUUAUUUUUUCUUUCUGUAAGUGAUUUAAGUGCAUGAGAUAGUGAACCACACCUAGUAGGUGUGUGGGUUACAUCUAGUCAAGUGGUCUCACGUUACAUAAUGCAUUUAAAAUCCUUUCUUCUUUAAAAACAACUGAAGCUCCAUAAAGGCUGGUAAAAAUUGGCAUAGUUCCAUUGACCUAUACUGAUUUGCAACGAAUCUCUGGCUGUAUGCUAGCUUACUGAACGUUAAAGUCAAGUGUAUGGUUGAGCACUUAGCAGUAAAAAAAUGGAUACUGUUAAAGCUGCAAGAGCAAUGUUAACUCUGCCCCACUGGGUGUAAUGUUGACAGGCAAAACUGAACCUGGAACCUGUGAGCUUACAUGAUCUAAAAGGCAGCUGCCUGUUAGCUAAGGCUGUAGAGUAGACUUAUUAUUGUCUCAGUAAGUGGUCUUGGUGCCACUAUAUGGGACAGUAUCCCACACUCGGAAGAUGUGUGGGUUACAGAUGCAUUACAAUAAAAGGCUGCAUUCUCCAUUCUGAAAUUCAUGCCCACUCUUCAGGUGUAGAAAUGAAUUCACAUGGUGAAAGGGAGAGGAGAAUCAGUAAUUCUGUGCUUACAUGCUGUUGUUUAAAUCAUGUGCUGUUUCAUAUAUUUUUCUGAACCCGUAUAGCAUCUUCUAGAGCUAUGCACACUCUGUGUAUGCCCAUACAAGCAGAGCCCAUUAAAGUAAUUCAUUUUGAAAGCAUGCAGAAAACACAUCUUGUACAUCAUAUGAGAGAUUAGCUUCUGAAUCCUGCACCUCUACAUCAAUGGCAGUUGAUCUCAGUGGGAGUAGGCCUGGGACUUAUGUAGCAUAGUAAUAGUAAAAUUAAUUGACAUAUACAGUCCAUCAAAGGGAGAAGGGGGGAUACGAUGCCCUUGCUCACAUUGUCUAAUAACCUAGUAGACUUCAGUAGGACUGUUUCUGAAGUAAGGUGCUAUUCAACAUUAACAAAGGAAUUACACUCUGGAUCUAGGUUGGCAGGAAAAUUACCUUUGCAGUUAAUUGGUUCAUCCCCUGCUAUGCACCUAAGGGAGUCUAUGUUGCUGGUUGAAAAUAAAUGUUAUGGUUAUUGAUUUAGGCCUUGAUCCCAGUGAUCUGCACUCAUACAUGACAUUACUCAUGUGAGUAUAGUCCAAUUGAGUAAAAUCACACAUGCGCUUAAGAGUUUGCAGGACUGGGGGUUAAAUUAUUUCUUUUAAAGAAUAUUUAGGAAGAGGACAACCUAUUAGGCGAAAUUUCAGUCAAUAAAGAUACACUGGUUCACAAUGACUAAAAAUAGUGUAAGCAGAAAAGACUGAAAAUUGCACUGAGGCUGUAGAAAUAAUUGUAUACAGUUGGUAGCAAUAAUGGCAUAAUACACUGCAGUACUUGUGAAACAUCUGAUCAUGUACUUCAGCUAGUGUCAAUCAGUAAAGCUCUCUUGACAUAAUGGAACUAUACUAGUUUAGCUCAGAUCUGGCCCUGUAACACACAAGGGACAGAGGUAAAGUUGAGCAGCUUCUUAAUGGUGCUGUUUCCUAAUUUACAAGUGCUUCACUGUGGAACUUUAAUCUUCUGUAGACUAUUUUGUAACAAAAUGGAAAUAUAUUGCAUAGACUGCAGAUACUUUAAAUACACCAUUUUUUUUAAUAAUGCUGGCUGUUGUGUGUCAGGGUAGGCCCUUAAAGUUUUUCUGAUGCACUGUGUAUGUGUUUGUGAUGGGUAUCUACAUUGCAACAAAAGAUUUAUAGGACCUAGUCACAGAGUCUAGAUGAACUAAGAUCUGACAAAUGGAGAUGGUCUCAGAGCCAAGGCUUCAGCCUGAGCCUAUGCUGCAAUUUUUAGCCUUGCAGUUCAGUCCUGCAAGCCUAAGUCAAUGGAGCUGGACUCAGACACAGCACGGAGGGUUUUUCUUUGCAAUGGAGACAUUCUCUAAGAGCUCAGACACAUAAACAUGGGAAGAAGUUCUUUUACAUUCAGAUUUAAAAUCUGAUUUUGACUCAUAAUGGUGUGCAGUAUGCUUGAAAACAAAGACAAGACACCCUAAUUAUGCCUGUUAGUGCAAAAUGGGGCUGUCACUUAUGUUGUACAGCUGCACAUUUUCUUGUGGAUUCCUUUCAUUCUUAAGCUGAAAGCCUGCACAGCUCUCCUGUGUCUAAAUCUCUGCUCCCAUGUUUUGUUAUACCAGUCUUUGCAUUCCAGUGACAAAGGCUGCUUCACUUCUCUCUUUGUCCCCUCCUUACCUCUUGUCUUUGUGCCAUCUCCCACGUUAUCCUCUGUGCUUACCACCCUGCCUUUAUCCCUGAUCAGCAGGGGAUCAGUUUUGCUACCCGUGAGUAAAGCAGGCAGCAGAGUGGAUAAUGAGGAGGAGGAGGAAGAGGAAGAAGAAAGUUCAGAAUCAAGUAGCCCUCCUCUCUCUUAUCAGAUGAAACCUCCUCCUGAUGGCUGCUGCACUACUGAUGGUUUCUGCCAGGCUGGUAAAGACUUGAGGCUGGUAUCCAUUUCCAAUGAUCAAAUUGAGGUGCCUUCAGGGUUUUUACUUGUUGGUGCUAAAUCGCCAAAUCUGCCUGAUCAACUUUUAGUGUGUGCUGUGGAUAAAAGAUUCUUGCCAGAUGACAAUGGGCAUAAUGCCUUGUUAGGUUUCUCUGGCAAUUGUGUUGGCUGUGGCAAGAAGGGCUUCUGCUACUUUACUGAAUUUUCCAAUCACAUCAAUCUUAAACUGACCACUCAACCCAAGAAACAGAAACACUUAAAGUAUUAUCUGGUCAGGAAUGCACAAGGAACUCUUACCAAAGGGUCUGUAAUCUGCUGGAAAGGAGCAGAGUUUAGAGGCCGACAGGCUUCAUCCGGUCCUUGUUCAAGCACUUUGUUCCAGCUGCCAGAGAGUUCCGGCCCUGCACUAAUCACCACCAAUGAGCUUGUUCCUGCCCCAAACCCACAUGCUCCUGCAGCUGGGACUCAACAAACAGGCACAAUAUCUGAUCAUCUCCCUUCAACGGCUGCAUUAGGUUCAACUGUUUACAAUGGCAAAGAUUCUCCCAAACAACAGCUGGUGAAAAAUAACUUGCCAGCUCUGACAAGACCAUCAGUCUUAGGCACUUUAACAAAUUCAGGGCCUCCAAAAAAGCGCCACAAAGGAUGGUCCCCAGAGUCACCCUCAUCUACUGAAACUUGGAACCUGCAGCCCAACCCACAGAUUCCAAAUAGAAAUAAAAAUGAUAUAGGAAGCCUAUCAUGUUUGACACAUUCUGCUGUGAUGGGACCAGUUUCUUCUCCAAUGGUGGCCUCUGGAGAACCAGUUUCCGUUCCUGAUAACUUGCUGAAAAUAUGUAAAGCGAAACCAGUUAUAUUUAAAGGUCAUGGGAACUUCCCUUAUCUUUGUGGGAACCUUAAUGACAUUGUAGUCAGCCCUCUUUUGUACACCUGCUACAAAAAUUCACAGUCCAUGUCUAGGGCUUAUGAACAGUAUGGUGCUUCUACAAUACAGCCUAUUUCAGAGGAAAUGCAGCUUUUACUAACCGUCUAUUACCUUGUACAACUAGCUCCAGACCAGGUCCCUUUGAUUGAGGAUUUGGAACACAUAUUCAUGCGCUCAUGGAGGGAGUCACACCUCUCUGAAAUCCGUCAGUAUCAGCAGGCCAUUCCACAGGCUUUCUCUCCAGUUCCCAGCCAGAUCGCUCUAAUGACGUCUGCCCAGCUUCCGUGGCUAGCAGGGCUGGCAGCCAGCUCUUCCAAUGACAGUGUCCAUAUCAUCGAGUGCAGUUACUCUCUCGCCGAGGGACUUACCGAAAUGUUUAAGCUGCUCACUGAAGGGAAGCUAGUGAAGACGAAUUACGUGGUGAUCAUAUGUGCUUGCAGAAACAGAACAUUAGAUUCCUGCAUUGUGGUAACAGGAAAGUACCAGGCACGAGUGCUGUCUGAGAGUAUGCUUACCCCAGCAGAGUACCAGAAAGAAGUUAACUAUCAACUAGUUACUGGGAAAGUGGAAACAUUGGGCUCUUUUUUUAGCACCCUUUGUCCAGAUGGUGACAUUGAGCUUCUGCUGGACAAGUUUUAUCAAGAAAACCAAAGCCACAAGUCUUCAUCUCUUUCUACUUCAGCGAAUAAGCCAACAGCAUCAGAUAUAACUGGAGCAGCUGUGUGCACAAGUUAUAAUGUUGAACGGCAUCAGAUUCGUCCAUUCCAGCUAGCGGUGGCUCAGAAAUUGCUGUCUCACGUUUGCUCAAUUGCUGACUCCAGCACUCAAAAUCUUGAUUUGGGUUCCUUUGAGAGAGUUGAUUUUCUGAUUUGUGUCCCCCCCUCCGAAGUGACAUAUCAGCAGACACUGUUUCACCUCUGGCAUUCAGGUGUUUUAUUAGAACUUGGCUUAGAAAAGGAGCACCUUACAAAGCAGAGGAUGGAACAAUAUGUUGUGAAGCUGGACGCAGAUGCCCAGACUAAAUUUAAAGUCUUUUUGCAAAACUCUAUGCAGAAUCCACAUACACUGUUUAUACUAAUCCAUGAUCAUGCACACUGGGAUCUUGCAAGCUCUGUUCACUGCCUUUAUCCUCAAGCGGAUCCAUCUGUGGGACUCGUUGAUAGACUAUUGAACUGCAGAGAGGUGAAAGAGGCUCCAAACGUUUUGACACUCCAUGUGACUUCCUUCCCCUAUGCUCUGCAGACACAGCAUACUCACAUCAGCCCAUACAAUGAAAUCCACUGGCCGUCGUCGUACAGCAACGGAAUAGAUCUAUACCAUGAAAACAAGAAAUACUUUGGAUUGUCAGAAUUCAUUGAAUCCACUCUUUCUGGGCACAGCCUUCCAUUGCUUCGAUAUGACAGCUCUUUUGAAGCUAUGGUCAUGGCUUUAGGAAAACGAUUUCCCAGAUUACACAGCGCAGUGAUAAGGACAUUUGUCCUCGUACAGCAUUACUCUGCAGCUAUGAUGGCAGUAAGUGGUCUGUCUCAGAUGAAGAAUUACACCUCAGUUGAAACUCUGGAAAUCACCCAGAACCUAAUAAACUCUUCAAAGCAAUGCUCCAGUGGUCAUGGCUUCAUGGUAGUGUUAAGAAUUCCUUGCAUUCCUUUGGCUGUUGUGGCCUAUGAACGACUUUAUCAUAUAAGGGAAAGACUAUCCCUUGCAGAUAAUUUUGAAAUCAUCUUGGGAAAACCUAACUCUGGAAUCACCAUAGGGAAGCACUUUGUGGAGCAACUAAAGAUGUGGCAGAAAAUUGAAGAUGCGGAGUGGAGGCCACAGACCUAUUUGGAAUUAGAAGGUCUGCCUUGCAUAUUAAUAUUUAGUGGAAUGGAUCCUCAAGGGGAAGCUUUGCCAAGAUCAUUGAGAUAUUGUGACCUACGUUUAAUAAAUUCCUCUUGCUUAUUAAGAACAGCCUUGGAGCAAGAGCUUGGCUUGGCAGCAUACUUUGUUAGCUCUGAAAUCCACAUAGAGAAAGUGGUUGUGAAUGAUGUGUUGGAGAGUGACCCAGAGAAAUUGAGCAGUACUGAUAAUGAAGAUGAAGAAAUAGCAACAGAAGGUUCCACUUCAGAAAAGAGAAGUCCCAUCAAAAGAGAGAGAUCACGCUCCCAUGACUCUGCAUCUUCAUCUCUCUCUUCAAAAGCUUCAAGUGCCACGUUCUGCAUUGAAUCCUCUCCUCUGUUAGCAACACCAGGGGAUGUAGCAAAGUCACCCCACCAAGUCCUAAGCAGCAGUACUGAAGAGAGCACACACAACUGCGAAAGGCAAAGGCAGAAAGUAGAAAAGGGGGCGCAAACGGUCAUCAGCAAGCACUUGCCAGCUGCAGCUGAACAGCUGGAUUCAAAACAGAACAUAAAAAGUGCCCAAAUUUCCAUCAACUCAUCCUCAUCACCUUUCUCGUCUUCUUCCUCUUCCUCUGCACCUACUCACAACACCUUCAUCCUGCAGACAUCUCAGUGCUCCAUGACAAAAGCAUCGAAACAACCCCCCAUCGUUUUCCUGCCUAAACUGGUAUAUGACAUUAUUACCUCUACUGACAGCAGCGGACUUCCCAAAUCAUCUUCCCUCUUGCCUUACCAUUCUGUCAUGUGGGCAAGUUCUUUCCGCCCGGUCAUGAGUAAAAUGAUGACUUGCACGGAGCAGUCUCUAUACUAUCGCCAGUGGACAGUUCCCAAGCCAAUUCAUAUGGACUACAAUAAUAGAAAUGAGGGCAGAAUGGACACCUUUCACCCAAGGAGGCUGCUGCUGAGUGGGCCACCUCAGAUAGGAAAAACAGGAGCCUAUCUUCAGUUCCUUAGUAUCUUGUCCAGAAUGUUGAUUAGACUGACAGAAGUGGAUGUUUAUGAUGAGGAAGAAAUCAAUAUUAAACUCCAAGAAGAAUCAGAUCAAUGCUAUCACCAGCCAGGAGACAUGUGGCCUGAUUUUGAGACAUUUAAGAAGAUACCUUUUGACUACACUAUUCAUGAUCCAAAAUAUGAAGAUGCCAGUCUGAUUUGUACAAGGCUUCAGAAUAUUAACAGUGACGACAGAUCAAUGGUUAGAAAACAGGAAGACAUGUAUAUGCGCCGUAAAACAACUCGAAUGAGAUUAUCUAAGUAUGCUGCAUACAAUACAUACCACCACUGUGAACAGUGCCAUCAAUACAUGGGCUUCAAUCCCAGGUAUCAGCUUUAUGAGUCCACCCUGCAUGCUUUUGCCUUUUCCUAUUCCAUGCUCGGGGAGGAGAUCCAGCUGCAUUUUAUCAUCCCCAAGUCAAAGGAGCACCAUUUUGUGUUUAGUCAACCGGGAAGACAGCUGGAAAGCAUGAGGUUACCACUUGUCACAGACAAGAGUCAGGAUUACAUAAAAAGCCCCACUUUUACUCCCACAACUGGGCGCCAUGAACACGGACUUUUCAAUCUGUAUCAUGCAAUGGAUGGUGCCAGCCAUUUGCAUGUUCUAGUUGUCAAGGAGUAUGAAAUGGCCAUAUAUAAAAAAUACUGGCCGAACCACAUCAUGCUAGUGCUACCGAGUAUUUUCAACAGUGCUGGAGUAGGUGCUGCACACUUUCUAAUAAAAGAGCUGUCUUACCAUAAUCUGGAACUGGAACGAAAUCGGCAAGAGGAAUUGGGGAUUAAACCCCAGGAUAUCUGGCCUUUCAUUGUGAUUUCCGACGAUUCCUGUGUUAUGUGGAAUGCAGGAGAAGUCAAUUGCUCAGGAGACAGAAAGAGUGAAUAUACAUGGACUGAAAGGAACGUUUCUUUGAGGCAAAUUCUGCAACAUAUCGAAGCAACGCCUAAUGUCACUCACUAUGCCUUGAUUGGGAUGAGGAAAUGGUCUAGUAAAACAAAUAGGGGUGAAAUCAGGGAACCAUUCUCCUGUUGCCAUGUACAUGACUUUAUCAUGCUAAAUGUGGAUCUGACUCAGAACGUACAAUAUAAUCAGAACAGAUUUAUGUGCGAUGAUGUCGAUUUCAACCUGCGUGCCCACAGUGCAGGUCUUCUGAUCUGUCGGUUCAAUCACUUCAGUGUCAUGAAAAAGCAAAUUGCAGUAGGAGGGCAGAGGUCCUUCCAUAUUAAGUCUAAGGUAUCUGAAACUCCAGUUUCAAUCGCACCUGCUCAGUACAUCUGUGCUCCUGACAGCAAGCAUACGUUCUUGGCAGCACCUGCUCAGCUGCUCCUUGAAAAAUACCUCCAAUACCACAGCCAUCGCUUCUUCCCUCUCUCACUGAAGAAUUAUAGCCAUCCAGUGCUAUCUGUGGACUGUUACCUUAACUUAGGACCACAGAUUGCAGUUUGCUAUGUGAGUUCCCGGCCUCAUUCUCUGAACAUCAGUUGCUCUGAUUUGAUGUUUAGUGGACUCCUGCUUUACCUUUGUGACUCCUUCGUUGUAGCUAGUUUUUUGAAAAAGUUUCAUUUCCUGAAAGGUGCCACCUUGUGUGUUAUUUGCCAAGACCGCAAUUCUCUUCGCCAGACUGUUGUCCGUCUAGAACUGGAAGAUGAAUGGCAGUUUCGACUGAGAGAUGAAUUCCAAACUGCCAACACUAAAGAGGAUAGGCCACUUUUCUUUCUGACUGGACGACAUAUUUGAUUUAAAAAAAUGAGCAGGAGGGGGCUUUUGAGAGGUGCUGUGCUCUGAAAGUGUUUCCCGAAGAGCCAUUUAUUGAGCAAUUCUGAAGUAUUUUUCUUAAAAUUAUAUUUAACAACUCAUAUAUGCUUCCAUUUCCAAGCAUUGGAAGUGACUUCUAAUUUAAUAACCUGUAGAAGUAAUUCCUGAUAUCUGGGAAAGAAGUACUGACUCACUAC